AUGCGUGGCAAGCGUGCCCUGAGGCGUGCAGCGCGGCUUGCGCUGGUGGUGGGUGCGGCCUGGUACCGUGGACAGAAGAUCACACGAGCCUCAGCCGCGCAGCUGGUCUCUCCCGAGAGUGUCGCGGAGCUGACCCAGACGCCACAUCGAGCAGAUGAACGAGUAUGUGAGAAGUUGGAGAGAAACACGUGUCAAGCAAGACAGCGAUCCGCAUGGAAGCAACGUGCACUGAAGGUGUGGAGCUUCAACGUGGAGUCGCUGCGGAGAGUCGGGAGGAUGGAUGAGUUGUUAGAGUUGGCAAGGGCUGAGGACGUGGUCAUUUUCACGAUGCAAGGCACGCAGAUGGACUUAGGCAAGACAUGGAAGUCGGGCAGCUUCGAGGUUCACUCCUUGGCGAGAUCGGGCAAAGGUCAGCGAGACGGAUGCCUCACUGCGAUAAAUUUGAAGUUCUUCCAGAAGGGGGAGGUCAGAUGUGAGCAUGCUUGGUUGGAAGGUAAACUACAGGGAGUGCGACUUCGCAGCAUCAACAAGCGCAGGUACGAGCGCGACAUAUACGUGCUGAACGGUUACGCACCCACGAAUGAGGCUGGCCACGUUCCUAAGGGAGUUGAAGCAAUGGAGUAUCGCGAGAAGCACUUGGAGGCCAGAGACACGUUCUGGCAAGUAUGUCGGCGAGCUGUUGGUCAGGUGCCUGCGCGGGCCUCAUUGGUCAUCACGCUCAACGCGAACGCACGCGUCCCGCCGAUGCUGCCUUGGGUGGGGUUUGCAGGUGUGCGCAGGACGGGGCCAGCGAUCAACGGCAACGGUCACGAGCUGAUGGGCCUGAUGGAGGACUACGGGCUCAUGGCGCUGAACACGUUCGGGAAAAAGGGGGCGAUCCAAUGGCACGCACAGAUCUAUGUUGGGGUGAAGGCCAAGACGGUGAAGGAAGUUGGCAAAUUUCGGUGGCGGCGGGAGCUCAUGAGUGCAGACCUGCUGAAGGUGCAGCAAGCAGAGGCGGAUCUCGACAACCAGGAGCAGCUUCCGAAACGCGCGCUCAACUUCAGACUCAAGGUUCAGGAGGGGCUCGAGUGCAAGGGGCUCUAUGAGGACUGGGCAGAUGUGUGCGGUAAGGGCAAGCAGUACGAGUCGCCGUCGGAGUAUUUCAACGAGCUCGAGGGAGUAGUGAUCGAGGCGGCUUUGCAGGACUACAUCUCACCACCUGUGACGGGGAAAGGCGAUGGCCCAGUGUUCGGAGAUGAGACGGUGAAGCUGAUUCAGACUAAACAGCACUGGCAGUACCAACUGGCAGCUCUUCCUGAAGGCGCAAGGUGGAUGAGGACGCUAUUACAGGAGCGGUUUAAUGAAGCGGCGAAUAUUAGGGCAGCGGCGAUCAGGAGCGAGAAGCGGCACAGGACGGCGGAGAUGGCGGCAGUGGCAGAGAGAGCGGCAAGCCAAAGGAACCUAAGGCGCCUACACAACACCGUGAACAAGUUUGCACCCAAGCCUGCGGCACCCAUUGGAGCGGUGAAGGAUCCAGCCACAGGCCUGCCAUGCUUCGACGCAGUGGACGACCAGCGCGUGCGCAUUCAGAGCAUCUGUGACAUAUGCGAGGGCCAGGCGAUGGAGCUAGAC